AUGUCCAGACCAUCCAGCCCUGAGGCACACUGGGAUCAGCUAGAGACCUGGUUGAACGCCAUGACGGGUAUCCUUUUACCCGAAACUGCUGUUGAUCUGCAACACCUGAGCCGGGAACAGCUUGAUGACAACCUGAGUGCGGUGAUGUCCCACAAUCCUACGCAGGACUAUAGCUACAAGGAGCUGGCCAAGAUCCUCGGAUUAUUGACCUACAACCUCAUCGCCCAGGCAAAAAUGGAGGAGGCAAAAGUUUCGUGCCUGCAACAGGAAUCGUUGGCAUUCCGGAUCCAAGCUGAGGAGGCUCAGAGGAACCUGGCACAGGCUCAUGACCAGCUAGACCAAAUCAUGGCAGAGACUCAGAGCCAACGAGAAAUGGCAGAUGGAAAGGAUGUAGAGCUGCAGGCGGAAGUAAAAGGACUACAACAGAUCUCCGCAACUCACUUAAAAGACAAACUUGACACAGCUCACAGGGAGCUAAAACACGCUUAUAGAUUACAAAGUGACUCUGAAAAGGAACUACCCAACAUGGAAUUUUCCUUAACCAGCGGACUAAUAUCUCCAAAACAAGAAUUACAUUUCAAAAGGGGGGCGAGAGACCCCGACUCAAGACCUCCCCCAGGUGUGGCCCCUAAGGAAUUGGACAAACUGUCUAGAAACAUUCCAACUUUCACGCCAGACCCUGCAGGAGGCUAUAACAUACAUGCCUACCUCCAAAACAUUGACUUUCAUUUACAGACUGUAGCCAAUGUUACUACACGAGAUCAACUCUACCUCCUCAGGGUCACUUCCAGCCGCGAGGUGCGGAGCUUCCUGGAUCGGCAGGGAGACAAGAUCAAAGCAGAUUAUCAGCAGCUUCAAAAGGCCCUGAUUAAGGAGUUUUCUGACCCAGAGUCAGAGCAAGGACUGUUUACUGCUCUGGACCUUAAACAGAGCAGGCAUGAAACCACACAAGCCUAUUACAACAGGCUCCGACAGGCCUACUUCGGAGCCCGAAAUGAGCCAGGAAUGGAGGAAGAUUUCAACUUCAAAACUUUGUUCCUCAGAAACCUGCACCCUGCUGUGAGUCAUCACCUGGGGGUCCCGGUCUGCCCACGGGAAAUGUCCAUCCAGCAGCUGCGAGACUUAGCCCGAAAAGCCUAUACCAAGCAAAGGACUGUACCCGAAAAAACUGUAAAAGGGGCAGCAAUCUAUUCUGUCUCCGAGCAGUGUUUAGAACUGGCACUAGAGGGCACCCAGCAACGCUAUCGUGACAAACCUGUCCAACAAGUUUUAUGA